AUGGACUACGCACAUUACUUGGCGCUAUACUACUUUAUCACCGAGGGAACUUAUCCCCGAGACAUGAAUGACAACAAGCUAAGACGGCGUAUCCGCAACAAGGCCGCAAAAUACUUACCUUUCCGAGGCAAAUUGUAUCUCAAGAAUAAAGAAGGCGAUUUUGGACAAGAAGUUUUACAUUCGGGCAAUGUCAUGGAAGUUAUCAAGAAGGUGCACAGAGAAGGACACAUGGGGAUUAACAACACUUGGCGAAGGAUGAGGGUACAGUAUGAGGGUUAUCAACUUUAUGAGCGUGUACGUGAGUAUGUGGAAUCAUGUGAGCAAUGUCAACUACGAGCAAGGAGGCGGUAUGUUCCACAUGAGGAAGCACACCCGAUACCUACACCAUCAAGACCCUUUUACAUGAUUGGAUGCGAUGCCGUUGGACCUAUUAAUCCACCUAGCAAGAAUGGGAACCGGUAUUUGUUGGUAGCCGUUGACUAUUUAACACGAUGGCCUGUUGUGGCAGCGGUACCAAACAUCAGCGAGAAGACUACGGCGUCCUUUUUGUUCAAUUGCGUUGUCAAGGAUUUUGGGGUGCCAACAUACAUAUUAACUGAUCGAGGUGCCAACUUCAAGUCCGAUUACGUGCAUAAUUUUCUCAAGUGGAUGGGUUGCAAGCCUUUGACUACGACUGCGUUUCGACCUCAAGUUAACGGAUUAUGUGAACGAAUGAAUCAGACUAUUGUUGAGGUGCUAUCAAAAGUGUGUCAGGAUCAAGGUAUGCUGCAACGUUGGGAUGAGUGUUUGGCUUCGGCUGUACUUGCUAUUCGCUCUACACCGAAUGAUGCUACCGGUUUCAGCCCUGCCAUGCUUCUUUAUGGUUAUGAUACUCGCACGCCUGCCACUUGGCCCGAACCGAGGAAGGAUUACGUCGAGGGAAGAUUAGCCGAUGAGAUUACAAGUCGUAUCAAGGUCAUCGAUAACAUUAUGCAGCAACAUCGCGAAUUGUCUCGUCAACGUACACAACAAAAACAACAACAACGAAAGCAACGAUAUGAUCAACACGUGGUGCAUAAGCGUUUUCAAGUUGGUGAUCAAGUAUUGAUGAUGGACAAAUAUAAACCACAGAAGUUGGCAAAUCGAUGGAUCGGACCGAUGAUUGUGAUGCGUGUAAAUCAACAUGGAACGUAUUGGUUGCAAGGACCUGGAGGCAAACGUUUGGAUGGUGCGGUGAAUGGGGAUAUGUUAAAGCGAUGGAAAUCGAAGGACAAGCUCAUACCCGAUGUUAUUGCUCAACGUGCAGAUCGACAGCUACAAGCGUAUAUUGAGCGUAUACAACCUGGACAAUGA